GUGGGCAAGGAUGCCUGGCGUCGGGACGCUGCGACUCGCGCUCCUGGUCUGCCUCGCCGGGGCGGCUCUCGGGCUCAAUGGCGAGCUCCUCGAGCAGGAGUGUCCGGUCGACUGCCACUGUCAUUACUUCCGCAUCAAUUGGGUGACCGACUGUUCGGAGAGCAAUCUCACGGCCAUCCCCCACGAGGGCCUCAGCCACAACGUGUACGUGCUCGACGUCAACGGGAACAACGUGGAGCACGUCGCGCCCUUCCCGCGGGAUAUCAAACUGCGCCGUCUCCAGGUCGCCCAUAACCGUCUCACCGACCUCGACUAUGGAUCCUUCGCCGGGCUGACUUACCUCCUCGACGCCGACUUUUCCUAUAAUGCCAUUAGCAAGGUCGACCCGGAAGCUUUUAGGGACAGUCCGGGGUUAAUUACCCUUGAGCUCCAGCACAAUCCUCUGGAGGAGAUCCAUGAUUAUUUCCUCAACUGUCGGCCGCUGCUCUACCUCGAUCUUAACACCUGUGGCAUUCGUAAUCUCAACCCCAAGUUUUUCCACAACACGACCAAUCUCAACAAGCUCGACCUCUCGCACAAUCCACUUGGCCGUAUCGAGCCCGGACCCUUCGACCAUCUCACCAACCUCGAGUAUCUCAAGCUCUCCUCGUGCAAUCUAACCCACGUAUCGCCCGAUGCUUUCGCCCACCUGGAGAACCUCCGUGAGCUAGAGAUGGAGGACAACGACCUGAGCACGAUGGACUGGACGAACGUCCUCGCGCCGCUCGUUCGACUCGAGCACCUCAAUAUACGGAUGACGCGAAUCACCAAUUUGCCUGGCGAUGCGUUCGCCAAAAAUUUGUACUUGAGGCAGCUGGUGCUGGCCGAUAACGAGCUCCAGCACCUCAAUGUCGGCAACACCUUGGGCCACAAUCUGCACAGCCUGCAAUCCUUGGAUCUCUCGAACUGCAAUCUCCAGGACAGACUGUCCGAGCAGGCAUUCAGGAACGCCAGUAAGCUGCGCGUACUGAAUCUCAGCGGCAAUCCCAUGUUCGCUGCGGAUCUCACCGCCGUUUUACGUCAUCUGCCCAAGCUACACAAGCUCUCGCUAAGCAACUGCAGCUUGCGAAGGCUGCCGGAGGCCUUCGAGAAUCUCGAACACCUCGAGGAACUCGACGUCUCUCACAAUCCGCUCUCGGACGCCUUUGUGCGCCUGCUCAAUCCCCUCAAAUCUCUAGAGUACCUCGACAUGUCUUACUGCAAUCUCGGCUACGUUGGCAACAAUACCUUUACCCUAAUGACGUCAUUGAAAAAGCUCAUAAUGUCCGGGAAUACGUUGCAUACCCUCGAGCAGGGGCUAUUUACUAAUCUGACGCGUUUGGAGAGUCUCGAGCUCAACGACUGCGGAUUGAAAACCCCUAUCGAUCCCAAAGUAUUCGGCGACCGCGUUUAUACCAAUAUUAUCGAGCUUAAGCUCAGCAAGAAUCCGUUGACCGUGCCCGAGGAUGGGCCACUUUUACCGAAACAGCUGUCGGGCCUGGAGAUCCUCGACUUGAGCUACUGUGACAUAUCGCGGCUCAAUGAGAAUUUACUGUCGCGCACGAGAAAUCUUACGCACUUGAAUUUGUCGCACAACAGGAUCGCCGGCACGGAUAAUCUCGCCUCGCUGAAGAAGCUUCGACUGUUGGAGCACUUGGACCUUAGCAGGAACAAUCUCACGACCAUUCAUCCACGACUCUUUAAGGCCAAUCCUCGUUUGAUCACCGUCAACCUAAUCGGCAAUCCCUUCGUCUGCAACUGUUCUAUCGUCGACAUGUGGAACUGGGCCCUUCAGGUGAAGAAUGACCUUGACGUUUUGGUGGGCAGCCAACCCUCGCAAUUCAGUACUGGUGCCGUCAAGUUGCGCAAGAUACUCUCCUGCUCCUACGAUCUGGGAACCUAUCGUCAUAUUUUAGAGCAGAGCCGCGUCGCAACUGCCGAUCGUCGGCCACUCUUGCGUAAGGGCGACCUGACGCCCAAUAGAACCUGGGCCAAAUACAUUCGGGAGUCACAAUGCGACAGACACUCAUGAUAUACGUCCGUUGAAUUUCGAGACGAGGCGCGGACCGAUCACCAGCACCAUUGUUACAAGCUUAGACUUGAGUUCUGAAUCGCACAUUACCAAAUACGUAAAAAAGAAGCAGAGCGCUUAAUUAUUUAACAUAUCGACAUCCAAAUGAAAAAAAAAGAAGAAAA